GACCACUUAUGCCUUUCACCGAAAAGUGCAAGCACAAUGCGUUUACCUUGAUUUAAGAUUAUAAAGUAUGUUUCCAUGUCAUCUCCAUCUUUUAGCUAGCUAGGCCUGCAUGGCUUCAUGUGACUUACACUUCACUUCAACUUUCUAGUGACAGAGAAGGAAGAAUUAAGUGGUCCUCAACACAGAAUCUGUCAGAACAACAGCAACAACAACGCACACAGUUUUAAUUCCUUGCCUUCGGUUUAACUGAUAUGCUGGUAGUUUAGACGUUCGCGUUGACAACACAGUCACAUCACUAGCAGGGUGCAAUUCUUUAGUGCUAUUUGCAGAAUUAUAUAUAUCACUCAUGGGAGUGGUGACUGUUGGUGAAUUGAAGCCUAGCGUUUCAGGAAAAAGGACUUUUCGUCCAAGUUCAAGCAUAAGACAUGCCACUGAAUGGCCAAUAUCCGAUGUCUCUAGUGAUCUUACCAUCGAAGUUGGAGCAUCAACCUUCGCACUUCACAAGUUUCCUCUCGUUUCUCGGAGUGGAAGAAUUCGGAAGCUGCUGUUAGAAGCAAAAGAUUCAAAAGUUUUACGCAUAAGUCUCCCAAAUGUGCCAGGUGGUGCAGAGGCAUUUGAGCUAGCUGCCAAAUUCUGCUAUGGGAUCAAUGUUGAGUUCUCACUCUCAAAUGUUGCUUUGCUGCGUUGCGCAGCACAUUUUCUUGAGAUGACAGAAGAAUUCGCAGAUAAAAACUUGGAGGCCAGAGCUGAAGCGUAUCUAAGGGACACAGUGCUCCCUAACAUAUCAAGCACAGUACACGUUCUUCACUGUUGUGAGGCUCUUCUUCCAAUGUCAGAAGAGAUAAACCUUGUUAACAAGCUAAUCAAUGCAAUUGCAAACAACGCGUGCAAGGAGCAACUUACAUCUGGUUUACUAAAACUCGAUCACACUCACACUUUCCCUUCUAAGACCAUACCAACCAUGGAACCAGAAACACCCUCAGAUUGGUGGGGAAAGUCUUUUAAUGUUCUUAGCCUUGAGUUCUUCCAACGAGUUGUGUCUGUUGUGAAGUCAAAGGGACUAAAACAAGACAUGAUCAGCAAGAUUUUGAUGAACUAUGCACACGGUUCUCUUCAGGGGGUUGGUGUUAGAGACCCCCAAGUGGUGAAAGGAAGUAUACAUGACAUGGAAUUGCAAAAGAAACAAAGGGUGAUUGUUGAAACCAUAGUUGGCUUGCUUCCAACACAGUCAAGGAAAAGCCCCGUUCCAAUGGGAUUCCUCUCAAGUUUGUUGAAAGCUGCAAUAGCAACAUCUGCAUCAACUCCUUGCAGAUCUGAUUUGGAGAGGCGAAUUGGUCUGCAACUUGACCAAGCAAUUCUUGAAGACAUCUUAAUCCCAACAAACUCGCCUCAAAACACGCACAACACAAUGUAUGACACAGACUCAAUUCUGAGGAUCUUUUCUAUGUUUCUAAACUUGGACGAGGAAGAUGGCGAAGAUAGUGACAACUUCAUUGAUGAAAGCCAAAUGAUGUAUGAUUUUGACAGUCCUGGAUCUCCCAAACAAAGCUCAAUCAUAAAGGUAUCCAAAUUACUUGACAGUUAUCUCGCUGAAGUAGCACUAGACCCAAACUUGUUGCCUUCAAAAUUCACAGCACUUUCAGAACUGCUUCCAGAUCAUGCACGUAUCGUUAGUGAUGGACUCUAUAGAGCUGUUGACAUCUUCCUUAAGGUUCACCCAAACAUGAAGGACUCAGAGAGGUACCGGUUAUGCAAAACCAUUGAUUGUCAGAAACUGACACAAGAAGCAUGCAGCCAUGCAGCACAGAAUGAAAGGCUACCAGUGCAGAUGGCAGUUCAAGUCCUUUACUUCGAGCAAAUGAGGCUUCGCAAUGCCAUGAAUGGAGGGCACAACCAACUCUUCUUUGGCCAGUUCCCUCAACGUUCAGGGAGUGGUGCAGGGAGUGGAGCCAUUUCCCCUAGAGAUAACUAUGCAUCGGUUAGAAGAGAGAACCGAGAACUGAAGCUUGAAGUUGCAAGAAUGAGAAUGAGGCUCACUGACUUGGAGAAAGACCACGUGUCCAUGAAGCAGGAGCUUGUGAAGUCUCACCCUGCGAACAAGUUGUUCAAAUCAUUCACCAGAAAGCUGAGCAAGCUCAAUGCUCUAUUCAGGAUAAAUAGCAUUAAACCAAUUGGUGGUUCAGAAACUCGCUUCCCUUUUCCAAAGCGAAGACGCCACUCCGUUUCAUGACUACAUUCAAAUAUGUAAUGAUAAUGUUUGUACAGUAUGCAUAAUGCAUGGCGUGAUUGUGUCUAUUUUCCAGUCAACAGGUUUUUGAGUUAUGUUGCUGACUUGCUACGUUCAUUGUUCAGUACAAUACUAUCAUUAUUACCCUGCUCUAAUAUUCCAAAAUGGGAUGCUCAGUUAAAAUAGUACCCUCGGAUCAGAAUUUUAGUAUA